UAAAUUCCCUCUUAUACAUAAUUUUGUCUCUAAUCGAAAACAACAUUUCUGUUCUCUAUCCCAAUAGUUUCUUCUCAAGAACCAAAAAUAAAAUCAGAAUAUAUAAAAAAAAAACACCAUGCCCUCACCAUGAGAUGGAAAGCUUCAUGUUUCAGAUUUUGUUUAGGUGAUCAAGAAUCAAUUUCAUCACCGAAAAUUAAAGUGAGAAAAGAAAUGGAAUUUGAUAAGAAAAAAGAGGAUAAGGUCAUGAAGAAUUCAUCACCUUCGAGCAAAAAUUGUAAGAAAAAGUUAGAUCCAAUGAACAAGGGAAAAGAAAUUGAAGAUAAUGAUGAUUCAAUUAGGAAAUUAGAUCAAGAAUUUAUAGUUUUUAGUUUUAGAGAAGAUGGAACAUUUGAUGUUGCCGUAGAAUCCAAUAGUCCCAAGUCCGAGUCUUUUACAAGUGUUGAUGGAAAGCAUGUAAAUUCAAACCCGAUGAUUCGAAAGCAACUUGACUAUGCCGAGGGUGCGGAAAAUGUUAGGAACAAACACAAAGAGAAGAAUAUAUCAAAUUCAAACCAUCAUGACACUCAUACUGAUGAACAUGAUCAAGUUUGCAUUGAUACUUUAAAACAGGGUGUAGCAAAAGAGAGCAUUAAUUUGAGUCCAACUCAAGAAAGAAAGAAUAUCAUAAGAUCAAAAAGAGAGGAGAUUGAAGAUGGUCGGUUGGUGACUAAUGGUUCAAGAAACUCUAAUCAAUCUGAAGGAAGUAGAGGUUCUUUUGCAUUUCCUAAGUUAGCAUGGGAUUUGGUUGAAAGCCCUGUGAAAAUGCCAAAAUCAGAGAAUUUGCAUCAAAAGAAGCAGAAAAUUAGAUGUGUGGGGUUUCAGUGUUUUAGAUUCAAAUGAAUCAUUCUUAGCAAAGUAGUUCAUAGAAAAUGCAAUUCACCAUUUGUUAGUAUACAACUAACCAAGCAAACUCACUUGAUUGAUAAGUUGGUUUGGAAUUUAAACUAUGUUUUUGUUUUAAUUAGAUUUUUGGUUAUAAAUUAUACAAAUAUUAUGUUUGGAGGUCCUUUAAAUUUGAUAGGUAUAUUUGUUUCUGACUUAUGAUGAGUACUGGUUUUCAUUUUUGUGUAGAUCACUUGAACUAGUAUAAAAUAAUUGAUUUUUUGUUUGUUUUAAAAAUAACUACAAUAAUAGCACAAGUGUAUUAAAAAGUAAAAAGCUUA